GGCAAAGACAAGCUGAGGAGGUCUCAGGAGGAAGCAGGAGGGCCCGAAUUGGAGCACAGGAGUAUACGCUACGCACAGGAUGACUAUGCAGCAGAACCUCUUUGGACUCAGGAUCCUCAACUGAACGGUGGUGAGGAGGAACUUCAGUUACAGGAAGAAGAGUCAACAGAUGGAGAGAGGUGAGAUAGUAACGGGAGAGACUGGAAUGGCCCAUGGACCAGAUUCUCUGAAAUGCACGCACCCACAGGUUCAACCGUUGAAGACGUUAAUGUCGCCUGGGGUGCCUUGGGUCAGGAUGUAAACCUGGAUAUUCCCAACUUUAAAAUGAGUGAUGUUAUCGACGAGAUACGAUGGGAAACAGCAGGGAGCAGAGUAGCACAAUUCAAAGGCAAGCAACUGUAUGCGAUAAACAAAACGUACAAAAUAUUACCAACUGGAACUCUGCAAAUUAAACAUCUGGAGAGAAGUUUUAACAAUACCUACAAAGUAAUCAUAUAUAAUACAAAUGGAACAUGUGUGUUGGCUAAAGAAUUUCAUUUGAGGAUUCAAGAGAUGGUCUCAAAACCACAGAUCUUCUGGGACUGUAGCAACAAAACCUUGACCUGUGUGAUAGUGAAUGGAACUAAUCCUAUGUUAAACCUGUACCAACGUGGGAAAUAUCUCACAAAAGGUUCUGGGAAAGUCAUCACGUACCGGUGGACAAAAUUGACUGAGGCUUUCAAUUGCACAGCGAGUAAUAAAGUCAGUAUAGAAUCCGAUGCAGUGGUCAUCAGCUGCUCAGUGAAAGACCUGAAAUUGUACUUCAUUAUUGGCGGCAGUGGAAGCAUCCUCAUAGUCUUUGUGGCACUCAUCAUUUGCUACAUCUGCAAGAGGAAAAAGCAGAAUGGUAGGAGGCAUGGUGAAGGGCUGGAUAUGAGCACCCACAGAAAAACCAUGGAGGAGGAAGGGCGCCCAAGGCCCUCCCCCAUCCAACCUCCAUCAACUCAAAAUCCAUUAGCCUCUCACCCGCCCCCGCCACCUAGCCAUCGUUCGCAGGCACCUUGUCAUCGUCCCUUGACUCCUGCCCACCACACCCAGCAGCAGCAGCAGCGGUAUCAGAAGAGGCCUCCUGCAACAGGCACACAAGUUCGGCAACAGAAAGGCCCUCCCCUCCCCAAACCUCGAGUUCAGCCAAAACCUCCCCGUGGGCCUGCGGAAAACUCCUCAUCCCCUGCCUCUAAUUAAAAGUGACUGGAACUAUCCUUUUUAAUAAAAGGCUCUGUGGAUUCCUCCACUCCUACAUGCAGGUCCACUCUUUCCUCGAGUGAUUUCUACACAGGACAGGAGGUCCUCCCAAGCAAGGCUGUGUCCAAGUCACAUCAGCACCUUCCAACUCAGCCAUGUGAUCUAAUGCCUGGAAUCUUUGGCUUCCUUGUGGAUCUCUGUCACAUCAUGGAGAGCCACAAUGUGUGGAUUUAGGGGGAUGGGUGACAGAACAUAAAAGUCUUAGCAAUCUUCUUGUCUCCCUCUCAGAUGCUACGCAAAUGUGAUACACCAGCUGGUUAGAGGGCCCGAGCAUCCUAUAGGUGGUCUAUUUGCUCGAGGGACUAGGGUUCUUGUGUUCCCUGGUGGGCUCUGGUCAUCCACCCUUGAGUAGGAAUGAAAUAAAAACUCUAAUUUGACCCUGGAGUCUGGUAACUGAAGAAAAAAAGCAGCUCAGUGUCUAAGAGAGGAAGCUGAAGACUGAAAAAGAGGCUCCUAGGUGUGACCACAACAUUGGAUUUAGUCACCUUAACUCAUCUGAGCCACCUAAAGCCUGAUUACCAUGACCAGAACAUGUCCCCAUGUCUCAGUUGCCACGCCGGGCAGCAACCUAUUUGUAGAUUUCUGUGGUGCAUUGAAACUCAUAUGCAUACCCUUUAACAAGAGGCACCAGAAAAGCAAUCAUUAAAACAAAAAAAGAAAGAAAAGCAAUCAUUUAUGACCCACUUCCUUGGCUUUUUGGAUGUGGUCAUUAUGAUCUGUGCAGUCAUCACUGAAAAGAGGAGAGUACAUAAAUACUUUGGGCACUGAGGGCCCAUCAGACAGCACACAGAAGGGCAGACUAAGAGACGACAACAAAACAACUUGACUCAAUCAAAUCUUAAGUGUCACAGUAACUAAGCAGUACUUAAAAACCAGACCACCCCAGCUAGCAGUCACACCAGCUGUACUUUGGAAGAUGUGUGUAUGUGUGGCGGGGGAGACAGUUUCCAGAUGAAGUUCUAACAAUAGGCUGUAAGAAGGUGCCUGCUUUGAAGAGCUGGUACCAAGUUUGUGGUCCCAUUGCCUACCUGCCUUCCUCUUGACUUCUUAGGCUUGUUAACCCUUGUAAAGCCCUGGCAGGAAGCUCUGAGGUAUAAACCACAAGCUCAGGACUUCCUGUGAGAGUUUACCCGGCCUCAACUUCUUGUUCCUUAGGAUCUGGGCAUGUGUUGUUUCAGAACCCAGGUCUGAUCAUUAAGGGCACUGAGAAAUUAGACCCCACAGCCUCCUGACUUUCCAACACAGAUCUAAUUGAGUAACAAGCAUCACAAGAUCUGCCCAGAGGAGGAAGGAGGAUCCUGGCGCUGCCUUCUCCUCACCCUUCAUUGUGGUCCUGAGUGAUGAAUACCAUAGACCCUCCAGCCAGGAUAGCUCCUAGGUCCAUCCCUUCAGAAAGCUUUCCUGGCCAUUCCAGAACUGUACCCUGCCCCUCUUCUUCCUUCGGGUGUGGAAUACAUGUAGCUGACAACUCUUUAAUCCUUGUACAGACUCUGUGCUAGGCAAGAGGAAAGCAGAGGUGGACAAUUGUAUGUCUACUUUAGAGUGUCUAGGAAGGAGGGGGGAGCCAAUUAUAGGAUGAUGUAAUAAUGCAUGAUAUAUACGUUAGAGGGGAGUACUAAAUCCCAGAGAAAGAAUUUUUUCAAUCAGAUUUUAUUGGUUCAUUUUAGAUAUACAUAAUGAUCACAUUCAUUGUAGAGAAUUUAUGCCUGUACAUAAUAUAAUUUGAUUCUUUUGUACUCUUACGUGACUCUCCCUUCAACUCCUUCUCCUCCUCUCCCCAUUUAUAGAAGCUUUGUUUCCAUAUUUUUCUUCUUUAAAGGAAGGAUUUCGAAUCCACAUUGGGUGGUAGGACUAGGGUGACACAGAGGGCUUCUUGGAGGAGGUGACAUUGAGCAGAACUGGUGAGGCAGAGGUGCAGAACUCUAUGGAAAGAGAACUGCUUGGGGAAGGCUUAUGUUUACUACCGGUUUACACAAGUAUAUUUUUCCUUUUUCAAAUACUGAGUUUCAUUGAUUUUACAUGGCACCAUUAUUGUACAUAAUAUUAAGAAGGAAAGAAAAGAGAAGAUGGGCGUGGGGAUACAAUCCUGAAAUUUCAGUACUUUGGAAAGCUGAGGUGGAAGAAUCAUAAGUUCAAGCCCAGCCUGAGAAACUUAGUGACGUAGCAAAAUUCCUAUUUCAAAAUACAAGGGAGAAGGUGUGGGGAUACAGCUCUAUAUAAUGGCAUUGGGUUAAAUUCUUGCUAGUGCAAAACCAAACCAAACCAAAAUGAAAACAAAAAUGCUCUCAGUUAAAACAAAUGCUAAGAGAUAACUAAAUUUUGGGGACCACUUCAUUUCUUAGAUGUAAAAAUAUGGAGAAAAUACAUUUUAGAAUUAACAAAAUGCCUAGUCAAUAAGCUUCUUGAGAGCAACUGAGCAUCUUUUAAUACGGCCAAUAGCACUCUAUGAAACAUAUCACUAAUCAGGUGGCUCAGUGAGUGGGUACAGUCCUGAUGAAGGAAGGGAGUGAGGGUACUCAGCACCCCGUAAGACACACACCCACCUGCUGCCAUCUGCACUACGAUGAGGACAGCAUGGGUCUUGCUAAAGAUCUGUGAGAUCAUCUACCUGGUGACAUUGUGUGACACCCAUUGAUCUUGUCCUGUAACGUAGACUUUCUGAAAUUAACAGGAAGGUAGGCCUUCUGGAAUCGGGGAAGGACACCAGAAGAAGGGAACCAAAAGUGAUGUAUAACAUAUAUGUAUACCAACUCACCUAAAUGUGUGCAAUUAUUAUGCAUUGAAAGUAUACACCAAUAAACUUUUUUAAAAAAUA